AUGCCGCGUCCGGCCCCCAAACGAAAUCGACUGACGAAGGGUCCCAAGGCCAUCGCGACGGAGGCGCGCGACCAAAAAGAAACCAAUUCCAAAUCCCCACCCCCCGAACGCGCAUCGUCAGUCGACCCGCGGCCAGCCCUUCGCAGUCAGACCCCUCAAUCGAAGAGCUAUGAGCAAGCAAUUGAGUCGUCGCCGAUGGGCGACCGACCGGGCACUGGAAGUCGACCGGGUACCGGCAGUCGACCUCCGACCAGAUCCCGUGGCUACUCGUCCACUUUGUCUUUUGCUGGGCGCAAAGGGGACACGGGCGCACGAGUGCCCGGCACCCCUGGUUUUGAUAGCUCAAUGUUGAGCAAUUUCCGGCGGCGUCCACGACAGCAGAGUAUCUUGCAGAUGAUGCAAGCAGAGGACGGUUCCUCUGACCUGGACGACGACGACUUUCUUGGUGGCUUGAGUCCACAGGACGAAUCCACGCCAUUAAACGUUUCUCGCGGAAAAUCGUUAUUGGUGAGGCAGGAUGGUCAAUCGCCCUCGCCCUCACGUUCGGCUUCACGCUCGGCCUCAGAAUCGCUGCCAUUGUCUGAAGGCUCGCGCAAGCGCAAGCGAGCCGAAAAUAUUCAAGUGCCCAAGUCGCCGUCACCCGAGGCCGUCGAGGUGGAGGGGGUCGAAGAUACCCCAAGUGCUACACCAGUCCCACGCGAAUCCGUCAAUGAAACUCAAGAGACGCCGCAACCUAUCCGGUUCCCUGAUAUAAUGAGUCAAACUAUGCUACCCCCAGCUAGUAGCCCUGCGGCUUCCGCGGCAACGGAGCAGCGUUCGCCAGUGGCCGGUCCCCAGUCAGCUGUGAGCAAGGAGAAGAAAGGGCCCAAAGACACCAACCAUCUGUCCACAGCUGCGUUACAGAACAAGCUUCUGCCGCGACGACGCCAACGUCGCCAUAAACACAGACCCGCAGGCGAAUUCGACCUACCUAGUGACGAUAGUGAUGAUAGCAUGCAUGAGGCGAGGUCAGGCGAUGAGGACGAGCUUAGCUAUCUUCCAUCAAGAAGGACCAGGCCACGGGACGGAGCAGAUAAGCCCAAGCCACUAGGCAAGGCCCAGGACAAGUCCAAGCUCAACAACCAGAAGCAGAAAAAGUCCAAGUCCACACCCGCUCCAACACCCAAGCCACAGGAACCAGCGACCUACUCGCGCUCACAAGAAUGCGAUAAGGAGAAUGAUAUCCUUCUGUCAUCACCAUCGUCUUCUCCAUUGUCCUCGCCGCCAGAAUCUGAUGCAGAGACAGAUGCAGAAAGCGAGACUCCGCAACGCUUUACAAGUGCAGAGCUGCGCGCCGCAGUUUUAAAGUUCGCAGAGGUUGACAAGUGGCAGAUGGAGUUCGAAGACGUGUCUGGAUCGGAAGCAUGA